CACAGAAGCUGACUUUUUACACAGAGCCAACACAAACUCUGUUAUUCUCCGUCGUGUGGCGAAAAGAUAAAAAGAAAUGCAGCAGCAGCACCUGCUCCGACUAGUACUCUCAUGUCGGAAAAUAACAGCGCAGGUAACAAACUCCAACACCUCAACAAUUAUCGCCAUGUCAUCUUCUUCAGAGCAAGAAUUCCUCGCUCAGUACCGUGCCAGACUCAAUCGAUUCCCCCGAUCCCACAAUUUCUGGGACGCCAAAAUGGCCUCCCGCGUCGGCGAGAAAUUAGGGUUUCGACUUAAAGAAAUUGGGGUUAGUAGCAUUGAUAUCGAUCUCGACGAAGAGCUUUCGCGUCCCGUUCAUUAUAGGAGGAGAGUUUUGCCUUUAUUCGAUUCGGUUAAACGGGUCGGUGUUGAUGUUGGUGGCGGUGUUGAGAAAUUGGGUGAGAUUGGGCCUGUUGAUAUUUGAUUUCAUUGACUGAGGUAUAUGCACCCACUGAUUAUACAAUUUGUAAUCAAUAAUGAAAUUUUAUCUCAAAUUUUGACAUUGAAGGUAUAAAUAUGAUUGAAAUUGUGUACUUUUUGUAUUCA